CGCGCGGGUGUGUGUCUGUGCGCGCUUGCCUCUCUCACAAUAAUCACCUCCCACCCGCCCACUGACGCUUCGCUUCUUGCAAAGGAGAUCGCGCCGCAGCCGGUUGCCGAGCGAUGUGAGGCGGGGAGGCUCCAGCUUCGCCUGCCUUUGCCUUUGCCUUGCCUCUCUGCCUCUCUCCUCCUUCCAGCGCUUUCCCCCACCCCGUUCCCUCCUCUUGCAGGAGCCUCCUGCCUGCCCGCCCGCCCCGCCGCUCUCCUCCUCUCUCUCUUUCCCUGCCUUCCUUCCUUCCUUCCCUCCCUUUUCCCCGCCAUGCCGGACCAGAUCUCCGUGUCGGAAUUCGUGUCCGAGACCAAUGAGGAUUACAAGUCGCCCACCGCUUCCAACUUCACCACCCGGAUGGUGCAGUGCCGGAACACCGUGGCCGCCAUCGAGGAGGCACUGGAUGUUGACCGAACUGUUCUUUAUAAAAUGAAGAAAUCCGUAAAAGCCAUAAAUAUUUCUGGGCUUGCGCAUGUUGAAAAUGAAGAACAGUACACUCAAGCACUGGAGAAAUUUGGAGGAAACUGCGUCUGCAGGGAUGAUCCAGAUUUAGGAACAGCAUUUCUAAAAUUUGCAGUAUUUACAAAGGAGUUGACGGCGCUCUUCAAAAACUUGAUCCAGAACAUGAACAACAUCAUCACUUUUCCACUGGACAGUUUGCUGAAAGGAGAUCUAAAAGGAGUGAAAGGGGAUCUGAAGAAACCUUUUGAUAAAGCGUGGAAAGACUAUGAAACAAAAGUGACAAAAAUAGAGAAAGAGAAAAAGGAGCAUGCUAAAUUACACGGGAUGAUACGUACAGAAAUAAGUGGGGCUGAAAUAGCAGAAGAGAUGGAGAAAGAGAGGAGGUUCUUCCAAUUACAAAUGUGUGAGUACCUGCUGAAAGUCAAUGAGAUCAAGAUUAAAAAAGGAGUUGACUUGCUUCAAAACCUGAUCAAGUAUUUCCACGCACAGUGCAACUUCUUUCAGGAUGGCCUGAAAGCAGUUGAAAGUUUAAAACCAUCGAUAGAGAAGCUCUCCACAGAUCUCCACACAAUUAAGCAAGUGCAGGAUGAAGAAAGAAAGCAAUUAAUUCAACUUAGGGACAUUUUAAAAACCGCACUUCAGGUUGAGCAGAAAGAGGAUUCUCAGCUCCGUCAGAGUACGACUUAUAGUUUACAUCAACCUCAGGGAAAUAAGGAACAUGGCACUGAAAGAGAUGGCAGCCUCUAUAAGAAAAGUGAUGGAAUCAGAAAAGUGUGGCAGAAGAGGAAGUGCACGGUUAAAAAUGGUUUCCUUACAAUUUCCCAUGGUACAGCAAACCGGCCUCCUGCAAAGCUCAAUCUGUUAACUUGCCAAGUGAAAACAAACCCAGAAGAGAAAAAAUGUUUUGACCUCAUAUCACAUGACCGAACGUAUCAUUUCCAAGCAGAGGAUGAACAGGACUGUCAAAUCUGGAUAUCGGUGCUACAGAACAGUAAAGAAGAAGCUUUAAAUAAUGCAUUCAAAGGCGAUGACAACACAGGAGAAAACAACAUUGUCCAAGAACUGACAAAGGAAAUCAUCUCUGAUGUACAGAGGAUGCCUGGGAAUGACACGUGCUGUGACUGUGGGGCACAAGAUCCUACAUGGCUUUCAACAAACCUGGGCAUUUUAACUUGCAUUGAGUGUUCAGGAAUCCAUCGGGAACUUGGCGUCCACUAUUCCAGAAUGCAGUCACUCACGUUAGAUGUGCUGGGAACAUCUGAGUUGCUGCUUGCCAAAAAUAUUGGGAAUGCGGGAUUUAACGAAAUUAUGGAAUUUUGUUUGCCGGCAGAUGAAAUGGUCAAACCCAACCCAAGCAGUGAUAUGAAUCAAAUUGAAAACGUCAACCUCCACAUGUGUACAGAUCACAUUCUCACACAGAUGAAUGCAAGAAAAGAUUAUAUUAAUGCCAAAUAUAUUGAAAGAAAAUAUGCAAGGAAGAAACACUCAGACAACAUGGCUAAACUGCAGAGCCUCUGUGAAGCGGUCAGAACCAGAGAUAUUUUUGGAUUGGUUCAAGUGUAUGCUGAGAAUGUGGAUCUCACAGAGAAAAUUCCACUCGCAAAUGGGCAUGAACAAGACGAAACUGCCCUUCAUCUCGCUGUGAGAUCUGUUGAUCGGACCUCACUCCACAUAGUUGACUUCUUGGUGCAGAACAGUGGCAACCUGGACAAGCAGACAGGCAAAGGUAGCACUGCUCUUCAUUAUUGUUGCUUGACAGAUAAUGUUGAGUGCCUCAAACUGCUCCUGAGAGGGAAGGCUUCCAUCGAAAUAGCCAAUGAAGCUGGAGAGACGCCGCUCGAUAUAGCUAAACGCUUAAAACACACGCGCUGUGAAGAGCUGCUGACCCAAGCUCUGGCUGGAAGACUUAAUUCUCAUGUUCAUGUAGAAUACGAGUGGCGAUUACUUCAUGAAGACCUGGACGAAAGUGAUGAUGAUGUGGAUGGAAAUUUACAGCAACCAAGCCCUAACCGAAGAGAGGACAGGCCUGUGAGUUUCUAUCAGCUAGGAUCGAGCCAGCUUCAGCCUAACGUGGCAUCUUUGGCUAGAGAUGCUGCCAAUAUGGCCAAGGACAAGCAAAGAGGGUUUAUGCCGAGCCUCUUGCAGAACGAGACCUAUGGAGCCAUACUCAGUAGCAGCCCACCUCCUUCGCAGCCUGCUGCACCAGUCACAAGUGCACCUCCUUUGCCUCCCAGGAAUAUUGGGAAAGUUCAGUCUUCAUUUCUUGGCAGUGCUGUUCAGACAACUCCUUCAUCGAACACACUGUGGAAGACAAAUUCUUUAGGAAUGGAAAGCAUAAGCAGGCAAAGGUCUUCAUCCGAUCCACCAACUGUCCAUCCCCCUGUUCCGCCAUUGCGUGUAACAUCUACAAAUAUACUCUCUUCAGCACCACCUCCCGUUGCAAAGACAGCCAGUGUUCUUGAAGCUUUGAGCCAGCAGUCAAAACAGCCAGUGGUGCCACAGUCCAAGCCUACACCGCCGCCACUUCCUCCCCAGCCUCCAAGUAGAAUUUCUCAGAAAAAGCCUGCUUCUGGGGCUGACAGGUCGGCCAAGAGUAAAGGACCUGGAUCUCUGCAGCAAUCUUCUGGAGAAUCUUCAUCAUCAUCUGCAUCUGAGAUUUCUGGAUCCCAAGUUGUCCCUUCUGCAAACAUUCAACCUCCAGCUCCAAUGCCAAGGAAGUCUCAAAUAUCAAAAACAAAGCCCAAGAGAGUAAAAGCCAUUUAUAACUGCGUCGCUGAUAAUCCAGAUGAGCUUACAUUUUCAGAGGGUGAUAUCAUCAUAGUUGAUGGUGAGGAAGAUCAGGAGUGGUGGAUUGGGCAUAUUGAUGGAGAUCCCAACCACAAAGGCGCUUUCCCUGUAUCAUUUGUGCACUUUAUUGUUGAUUAAACUGCUUGUUGCAGGUGGAGAGACUCUGCAUUUCCAGGUAUCACUGGAGCUCUCUGCCCGGAAUUAGAUGCUUCACCAGGAUACUUCAUGAAUGUUACACCACUGUGGACUCUUUGUUGUGGCAACUUAAGGUUUUUGAAUCGUCCAAGGAAGAUUUACUUUGUAGUAGGCAGAUCCACUUGAACUAUUUUCAUUGUGAAUUCUGGAAGACCAUAAAAAACAAACAUUAACGCCAAAAAAAUAA